AGAUGAUGGAUUUGGUUGGAUUCGUGUCGUCCGUUCAGAAAAAUCAAAAUAUGAAAAUGACUCGGAUGAAAUGGACGUUUUAGGAUUAAAAGAGGCAUGGGAAAACCUGAAAGCUUCGGCAAGAGAUAUAAGUAAAGACAAAAUUUUUGAAUUAGCAAACAAUUUUAGAGUUACUGCUGGUAAAUGGAUGUUCUUCGUGUCAACUGGAGGAAAGGGAGAUUACUUGUGGUCCUUAGUUGCCAAAGGUAUUGUAAAUGGGAAUACUCUGGCUAGGAAGGCCAAAAUCAGUGCUUCUACACUGGGUAGAGAGUGCCCUUAUGCAAAUGUACAUGUAGUGUGCAUCAAAAAUGACAAUUUUUGCGACGAAGACCAAGUAUAUGAAAGUGAAAGAACUAUAAGAAGCCUGGGAAUCAAAUGUCAGCUUCAGUACAAACCAGAUAUCUUCACCCGCCUAGAAGUGUACAAGAACAACAUUUGGAAUCUCAGACCUACGAUUUACAUUAGCAAUUUUGAUGUCAUUUCUAAUGCCACCAUUAUUAAAGAAGUAUGGUAG